AUGCGGACAGUGGUGCUCCUCCUCAUAAUGGGAAUAGUUGAUCUGAGCAUCAGCCAGCGUUACAGCCAGUUCCAAUGGCUGUCACAUCUGCGAGGGCGGCGGUGGCACGCCAGCUGGCAGGCCGAGGAAGUGGACUGCCCCCUGGAGUGCGACUGCCCCUCAACCUUCCCCACAGCCAUGUACUGUCACAGCCGCAACCUUCAGCAUGUUCCCUACGUCCCCUCACAUAUAAAGUAUGUCUACCUGCAGCGUAACCAGAUCACAGGCAUCCAGGAUGGGGUGUUUGACAACGCUACCAACUUGGUCUGGGUUGUGUUGUUUCACAACCAGCUCAACUCAGACAAGAUCGGCAAAAACGUCUUCAGCAAGCUGAAGAACCUGGACCGGCUGCUCCUGGAUCACAAUGAGCUCACCCGUGUGCCUUCUAACUUGCCCAAGUCUAUCACAGACCUGCGACUUGGUCACAACGAGAUCUCGAAAAUCCUCCCAAACUCGUUUGAUGGGAUGGCCGACCUCACUACCCUUCAGCUCCAAGCAAAUGUCAUUGAGGAUGUUGGAGGUGUGUUCAAGGGAUUGAAGUCUCUGACCAUGCUGGAUAUGAGGAAAAACAAGCUGAGGAAAAUCCCUGACAACCUCCCUGAGCAGCUGCAGCAGCUCUACCUGGAGUUUAAUAGCAUAGAAAGUGUGCCGGUAGGCUUUCUCACCAUGUAUCCCAAACUGCAGUUUGUCCGUUUGGCUCAUAACAAACUGACAGAUAGAGGACUUCCAUCCAGUGUCUUCAAUAUCAGCACACUGGUUGAGCUUGACCUGUCCUUUAAUAAACUGGAGAAGAUCCCUGUUGUCAGUAGGAACCUGGAGAACCUUUAUUUACAAGCCAAUAAAAUCAAAGAGUUUUCCCUGAGAAGUUUCUGCAGUACAAUCGACAUGACAAACUUCUCCAAGCUGAGAAUGCUUCGCCUCGAUGCCAAUGAGAUCAGUGCCAGAGACAUUCCUGCUGAAGCUGCCUACUGUUUGCGCCGUGUUGCCUUUAUUGAUGUGUAGCCCUUGCUCGUCUCUCUUGCUGAUGUGUCUCAACUCAAUCCAGGGCGUUUCUCCUUCUGUAACACUCAUACCUCAUGUCACCUGUCACUAUAUUUACUUCAUGUCAGUCACUGUCCUCUCUAUCAAAACAUUUUUGAGAUAAUGUUUUGUUAAACUGUUAUAAGAGCUACUAUCAUUAUUAUUCCAAAUGUUUAAACAGUCCUAGCAUUAGUCAACGGGAAAUACCACAGUUGUAUAAUCAUGUAUCCAGAUGAUGGCAAAUGGAUGACAGAGGGAUGACAGACAUCCGUUCAACAAACUAAUUAGAUUAUCAGUUCCAGUAUUCUGGCGAAAAUAAUUCUCCAUAAAUACGUUGUAGCUGAUGACAACAAGUUCUGCUUGUGUCAUGUCUGGCAAUGUAUAACCUGUAUAAAACUGCCAGUCAUCAGUGUGAGAUUCAGUUUGGCUAUUUGCCUCCACCAUGCGGCACAGGAUGAUAAAACAGUAGGUUGAGCAGUGACGAUUUUCAUUAUCUCCCCCAAGGAGGUUAUGUUUGUUUAUUUGUCAUCAGGAUUAUGCAAAAAAUACUGAACUGAUUUGGACCAAACUUGGUCGAGGGAUGGGGCCUAGGCAAGGGAAGAACCCAUUAAAUUUUUUUUAUCACUGUGCCUUACCAUUGCGAAAUAGGGUGUUCUUUGACAUUUUUGUCAAUAUUUGGCCUCGGCGGACGCCAUUCUAGUUGUUAUUAUUUGGUAAGGCCAUUUUUUAACCUACAACCAGUGCAUACUUAAUAAACAGUUUACUAUUUGUUGUGACAUCUUUAGAAUAAUUUUACUUUAAAAACUGCUCAUAAAUUUUCCAUCAACAUGUAACAUUUAAAGUUAAGUGAUCAAGUGUUUUGCUAACCAUAUGUCAUUACUGUGUUAACUCUUAUCUAAUGUUUCAGUUGUUUUUUUGGGUUUUUUUUUUGGGAACUCUGUUUCAGUAACUCACUCACUUUUGAAAGAUUUGUGCAGGUUGUAAUUUCUGAGCCAGUGCACAUUGUACUGUAUAUCUCAUAGAAAUAUGUACUUGACAGA